AGCAAUGGUGGUUGGUGGGCGAAGGAAAACUGUCUGCUUUCUUGCUACCUUUCUAUCUCUGUUUAUAAUGUCAUUGCUUCUGGCAGAUGUUGAAGCUUUUGGUUAUCCAUCAACUGUGAUGCCACCCGUCUCUUGGACUAACAGCGUCCCAACUAACGUUAUUUUGUGGGAAUCAGCAGGGGUGAGACCUAUCUUGGUUAAUGGGAGUUUUGUUUGUGGCUUCCAUUGCAAAUUUGAAGGAACCGCCUGCCUCUUUGCUAUAUCCAUCCUUCCAUCCAGUUUUGAUGAAACCUCCAACUUUUCUACACAAAUGGUAUGGUCUGCUAAUCGAAACAAACCGAUUGGACUUCACGCAAAAUUGCAAUUUUCUCAAGAGGGGGAUUUAACACUGCAAGAUGAUCAUGGCACUCUGGUUUGGUCUACAAACACAGCAGGUAAAUUUGUUUCAAGAAUGAAGUUAACUAAUCAGGGUAACCUUAUGCUGUUUGAUAGAAACAAUGAGACGGUUUGGCAGUCUUUUGAUCAUCCAACGGACACUUUGGUUAUUGGGCAGAGGCUAGUUUCUGGGCAGAAAUUGGUGGCAAGUAUUUCAGCUACAAAUUGGAGUGAGGGUUUAUAUUCGUUUUCAAUUGAUGAUGAUGGUUAUUUUGUAGCUUCUGCGAGCAUAGAUGGGACCGUAGUCUAUUACCAAUCCUCUCUGUCUCAAUUAAGAAGCAAAACAGGACAGUUUUAUGCUGAUUUCAAUGAAAUAAAUUUUGGUGCUUACCCUUUAUUAUCCCAAGUAAGUUAUAUGCAAUUAGGCUUUGAUGGGCACUUGAGGUCCUUCGGGUGGGUAGAAUCAAACUGGGAGGAAGUCCAAGAUUUUUUUGAGAACGAAGUCGAUCCAUGUGAUUAUCCACUGAUAAAUCCUUCACAGUUAAACCUUGGGUGUUCUCUAUAUAAUCCAAUAUCUUGUGAGUCUCCUCGGUCGCAGAGGCUUCUUGAGCUGAAGGAUGUAGAUAACUCUGGCUUGUCCAGCUUAUAUAAUUAUGUCCUAACAGACAUAGAGCGCUGCAACCAUGCCUGUAUCAUAACAGACAUAGAGAGCUGCAAGCAAGCUUGUUUAAAGAACUGCUCCUGCCUGUACGCUGUUUUUCAGCCUUCUUUUGCUAGUUACUCAGAUCCUGGCUAUUGCCUUCUUAGAUCUGAAGCAUUUUCAUUCAAGACAGUGAAUGCAGAUGUCAAUCAAUCUCUAUUUUUAAAGGUGCAGAAUUCUCCAUUUGCACAGAUUCCACCAAGGAAUCUUUUGCCACCAGCACAUCAAAGAAAGAAAAGACAGAAUGUAGGAGUUAUACUUGCAAUCACUCUUGGAGCAACUUUUAUUGGGUUUCUUAUCGCCACCUUCUUUUUACUACAAAUUAAAAAGGAUCCAAAGGAUGUUGACGAGGAUUAUCUGGGUCACAUCUCAGGAACACCCACGAGAUUCUCUUAUGAAGAGUUAAAGGUUGCAACCAACAACUUCAGCAACAAGCUCGGCAAGGGAGGAUUUGGUUGUGUUUUUCAAGGAACAUUACCCUCUGGUGUUCAAAUUGCAGUGAAAUGCCUCGACGGUUUUGGUCCUCUAAGGAAGUCAUUUAUAGCUGAGGUUGAGACCAUAGGAAGCAUUCACCAUUUCAAUUUGAUACAACUAGUUGGGUUUUGUGCUGAGAAACUUCACAUGCUUUUGGUUUAUGAGUACAUGUGUAACGGGUCAUUGGAUCAAUGGAUCUUCUACAGAGACAAACUGCUUGUUCUCGGUUGGCAAAGUAGAAGAAAGAUGAUUGUAGACAUAGCCAAGGGAAUAGCAUAUCUCCAUGAAGGAUGCAGGCAGAAAAUAGUUCACUUGGAUAUCAAACCCCAAAACAUCCUCUUGGAUGAAAAUUUCAAUGCCAAGGUUUCUGACUUCGGGUUGUCUAAGCUAGUAAGGAGAGAGCAAAGCCGAAUUGUGACAACAAUGAAGGGAACGCCAGGUUAUAUGGCCCCAGAAUGGUUGAACUCAGCAAUCACAGAAAAAGUAGAUGUAUACAGCUUUGGCAUUGUUGUUCUGGAAAUUUUAUGUGGCAGAAAAAAUGUUGAUGAAUCCCUACCGGAAGAGGAUUUCCAUUUGGUAAGCCUUUUUAAGAGAAAGGUUGAGGAUGGUCAACUUCUGGAUCUAGUGGAUAAGUACAAUGAGGAGAUGCAAUCACAUGCGGCAGAGGUUGUGGAGAUGAUGAAAGUCGCGGCUUGUUGUUUGCAAGUUGAAUAUGCUAGGAGGCCAUCAAUGUCCAUCGUGGUGAAUUUCUUAGAGGGCAAAAUGGAUGAUGAAAACAAAUAUGAUUUCUCAAAUCCACCAGCACUGGUUGAAGUGGAAACUCUCGGACACCAAACUCAUACAGCUGCAUUGAUUCCAUCUGUUUUAUCUGGUCCAAGGUGAUGAUAUGGAAGAGAGGACAUAAAGAUGUAUUGCAACGGUAAUAUUUCGUUUCUUCUUAUGAUUGCACUUCCUUUAUCUUACGAUUUUGCUUCUGUUCCUAGUCAUUAUAUCUUUCCAUUUUGCUUCUUGUACAUUACUCUGUUUGCUUUUGAAUUCAUUGCUGGUUUCUUAUAUUUAGCUGCCCAAUCAACCAAUCUUCUUUUUUAUACAGAGUUUCUUAUAAUGACACAAUGAAUUACUUUGUUUUUU